AGCACCCGGCAACCGGGCAAACAAACUCAACUGAAACUCCCAAAAAAUAUUCGUUUUUUCUUCCAGGAAGAGCCAGAAAUUUCCUAUAGCCUACAGAUAUCAAACACGAAUAUAUUUAUAUUAUAUUGCCGCGAUGACGCUCAAAAUCGGAAUAUGUACGAAGCAGGAUUUGGACGAGGCGAUGAAGCUGCAGAAGCGGGAGCAGUACGAGGAUGAGCGCAAGAGGCGGAUAUUUAAUGCCAAGCAGCGACUCUACGGGCUCGAUUUAGAUACGCUGGAUCGCCAGAUCCUCGAGAAAAAGAAGCAGCAGACGGCGCAGUUGGAGUGCGACAAGAAGUUCGAGGAGCAGGAGCAGCUGCAGAAGCGUCUGAUUUCGGCCCAGGAAAAGGAACUCGAAAAGAAGCAGCGCGUGGUGGACUCGGAUCUCAACUAUUAUCGCUGUCGCUAUCAGCGCAAGGAGCAGCGUCGCGAAUUCGAUCUGAAUGAUCCGAAUUUCCUGAAGAAGGCCCGACCCACUAGAGUGGCCGACGAUGACAUCACACUGGGCGUUUCUAGUGCACAGAUCUUCCAGGGCGAGGAUCUCUACAACUUCGAUCGCAAGUUGCGGCAGCGGGAGCAACAACGCGCCUGGUUGGAUCAGCAGGUGCAGGAGCGCAAGAAGGCCGAGGAUGCGCGCAAACAGGCCGACAAUCUGCUGAUGGACAACGUAGGUUGCCGGGACAAACAUCUCCAGGAAAUGGCCAAAUCCGAUCACCAGAUGCGCAACCAGGUGAUCCAGCGAGUGCGUCAGUUCAACAUCAACAUGGCCAAGCAGAAGCAACUUGAUCGCGAGCGGGAGAAGCGAGAGAAGUACGAGGAUGACAUGGCCGAGAUCUACAACAUGCUGUCCAGCGACAUGCUCACCGAGAAUCCGGAUGUGGCCCAAUCGCGCACCGAUCCGAACAAGAAAAUUGCCUUCAUGUAUCGCGGCAUGACUCCGGAGGAACUUCGCGUCUUCCGGCUGGGACAGGAGCAACAGCUCCGCUUGGCCACGCAGCGCAAGACGGAGGCCCAGAUGAUGGACAAGCAGUGGGAGCAGUAUGCCAUCAACAUGGAUCGCACUCUGGUGCUCCAUCAGAUCGAGGAUGAUCGGCGACGCAAGGCGGAAUUCGAUGAACUCAUGCGAGCCAAUUCCAAGCUGGCCGUCGAGCAGGAUCAACAGCGCAAGGAGGCACUUGUGGGCCUGAGCAAUUCCGUCUCCGAUGAUUUUUACGAUCAGUUCAACAAGAACUCUCGUUAGUUGAUUUUAAAAAUAAUUUACAAAA